AUGGCUGGCCAGGAAGAGCAACCUGAGUUCGGUCGCAUGGACUCGAUGAGCGAGCUUGGCUUCAUCGGGAGCGACGUCGAUGAGGAGGACAGCGGCAAGGCGAUUUGGGAUAAUCUCGUCUCCCAAGAUGUCCCAAGUGAACACACAUCUACUCCAGAUGAAAAGUUUCCCAUUGAGGUUGACGACAUGCACUUUCCUUGUGAUAUACAAUCUAAAGCAGAGGUCCAUAUUGCUUGUGGGACUCUAAAAGACCCAUCAUACAGAGCUAUUUAUGGAUGCUGCAAUUAUGAGCAAAUUAUUGGACUUGGGAAUUCACAAUAUACACUGGCCAGGCCAUCCACAUCUCAGAGAGUCUGCACUGAUAUUUUUUCUGGUGCCAUUGGAUCCGACCAUCUGAAUCUUCACAAGCAUACAACUGCUGAUGGAAACACCGAAGCCAGGUCAGAACUGAAGAGAAAUGCCAUUGGAGGUUUAUUAGGUGAAGGGAUUCUAUUAGCCAAAUCAGGAAAGCAUAUUGAGGAACAUAUGGUGUUGGCUCUUUCUGCUCAGCCAUACAACCCUGUGUGUCCUGUGUCUCAAGGUGUUAGUUCCUACAAUUCAUCUUCCCAACACAUUGUCAGUUCAUCAGGAGUAGCUAAAUAUAUUCAAAAUUCAGGUCAAGAAAUGCAAAUUGCUUGUGAGAUUGCAAAAGAACCAGCACAUAUAGCUUUAUAUGGAAGCAAAAACCCUUACGAAUCGACUAGACUCAGUGAUCCCCAUGAUAAAUUCAUUGUCCCAUCUUCAUUUCAAGGAGUCAAUAUUGGUACCAUCUCUAACACUUCAUCAGGGAUGAACUUCCCAACCAAUAGUGCUAAAGAAAGCGCUGAAUACAACCAAACGGAAAUUCAGAACCAAAUGGAUGGUUAUCAGAGGUUUGAAUUUGGCUUAGGAUUGAACAGGGAUGAUGUUGGAUGUUUAACUAUAACAGGGGUUCCACAAAAAGGGCAACUUGGGCCAAACAUGGUAAAGGAUCUUUCUGCUGAGCCAUACCAGCCUGUGUUUCCUGUCUCACAUGGUACUAGUGCCAGUUUGUCUUCAAAACAUCCAAAUGUGACAAGCAAGUUGUUAGAAAAUCCUGAGUAUCAUUCAAGGAUACCUUGCACCCAACCUUCAUUGCAACCAACCAUCAAAGUUGUAUCCACAUCAAUGACACCCCAUGUUGAAGAGCCUUGUUAUCAAGAAAAUUUCUGUUUGGCAGACAGUUCUCUUCGUGCUCAAGGAAUAGAUGAUGUUGGGGUUGGCAACCCAAGUAUGUCCUUACUUUGCCGCAUUGCCGUUUCUUCCAAGUAUGCAGAAAACAAAUCUCCCACCAUGAUUGAUAAGGUGCAUGCUGAUAUUUCAAAAAUAGAGUCCACUUUGGAUCACCAAACUUCAGCUAACAAUAUGAAAAUUCAAUAUGCUCCUCAGGCUGCAAGACAACCGUCACAACAAUCUCUGCAUGCUGAUGUUGCCAAAACAUACUCACCUUUUGGUCACCAUUUUGCAGCCAACAUUAAACAGAGGCAGUUUGCUCCUCAAGUUGCAACAAAACCAUCAUACAUGUCCCUACAUGGAGGCAACAAUCGCAACCUAAAGACUGGAUCUGGCAGUGAUUCCCAGACAGAACUAAUCAGGCCAUCCUCAUCUCAUAGUACUAAUACCGACGUCAUCUCUAGUGCAUUGCCAAAGUUCAACUUGCAAGGUAAGAUAAUGAUGGGAAAAACUGAUUUCAAACGGCAAAAUCUUCAAAGACAAAUUGGUCUCCAUGAAAACACUACAUCUCGCUAUUUUGGCAUGUACCCUAAGUUACCAAGAAUGUUAUCUUUUCUGCACCAAAAAUGCUCUGAAUUCUCACCACUGAAUCGUGCUACAAUAUACAGAAUGGGUAGAUACAAUACGAACUAUAACUUACCUCUAAGAAUGAAAGCACAUGCAUGGGAAGCUAAUGCUACGUAUGCUCUAUCUAAACCCACAAGGCAAGUCUACCAAGUAUACUUUGAUUCUGCAGAUCAGAAUCAUCAAUGUGUUCAUGAAAUGGACCUAGAUGAAGCUACAAAUUCGAACAUGUUGACUGCUAAGCAACAGCUUGAGAGGAAGGUUCAAAGGAACCUUCAGAGGCAUUGUAAGAAAAUCGAUGCAUCUGAAGCACGGACACAGCAUGGCAAUGUUGAGACUUCUAUUAGGAGGGACCCAGCUAAGGAAUUUCUUGAAAUAGUAAGGCAUCAUGAAGCAUGCUUCGUUUCAUUUUAUCAUCCUACUCAUAUACCAGCCCAUGUCAUGAAAAUGUUCGAUCAGUGCUUUGGUGUUGAUAUGAAAAAGGAAAUGCCAUUUCCAAAGAGUUAUCCAACACGAGGUUAUGGUACUGUAGGGCUUGCUCAUCAGAGUAGCACUUUUGGUUUGGAAAGAUCUGAUUUGGAUUCCACUCUCCCACAUGAAUCCAAAAGUCUAGACAAUGAGGAGCUAAAUGCUUUGCUAUUCCAAAGGGAGUUCAGUAGUUUAAGCAAAGGGAAUUAUCGGCUUAUUCACAUAGAAGGCCAUGUGUUUCAAUGCAGCAUUGAUCAGUGUGGAAGCCGCUUUAUACAGCAGAAGCUUCCAACAGCGACACCUGAAGAGAAAUUCAUGGUCUUUAAAGAAAUCAUGCCUCAUGUUGUUGAUCUGGUGAUUGAUGUCUAUGGAAAUUAUGUGUUGAAAAAGAUGAUCGAGCAUGGAACCUUGUUCCAAAGGAGAGAAAUUACUGCAUGCUUUUUUGGACGUGUUUUAAGCUUGAGCUGCCAACUGUAUGGAUGUAGAGUAAUCCAGAGGGCUGUAGAACUUGCUGAUCUAGAUCAAAAGAUACAGAUUGCCAACGAGCUCAACAAUGAUAUCAUGAAAUGUAUACAUGACCAAAAUGCAAACCAUGUUGUCCAGAAAUGUAUAGAGCAUGUGCCUCCACAAUUCAUACAUUUUUUUCUGGACAGCAUGUAUGGGCAUGUUGUGCAGUUAUCAAUUCAUCCAUAUGGAUGCCGUGUCAUCCAGAGUGUUCUGGAGUACUUUCAUGACCCAUCAAUACAGGAGACUUUUCUUAAAGAGAUUAUAGAGGAUGUUUACUGUAUGGCAAAAGACAAAUAUGCUAACUAUGUUGUGCAGUACAUUUUGGAACAUGGGGAAGCCCUGGUGCGAUCUGCAAUUAUAAAGAGAUUUAGUGGGAAAGUUAUGACCAUGAGCAAGCAAAAAUACGCUUCUAAUGUCAUUGAAAAAUGCUUGGUCUUUGGUAGCUAUAAUGACAAACAGAAGAUUAUUAAUGAGGUCCUAAGCACAAGUGGUGAAACUGAAGCUCUUAUGGUUAUGGUGAACGACCAAUAUGCUAAUUAUGUUGUGCAGAAGGUUAUUGAGACCUGCGACGACCGGCAGCGAAAGCUAAUACUCGAGUGCCUGAGGAUGCGCCAUAGGCAGAUUCGCCACUGCACCUAUGCAAAGCACGUCGUUGCACGCCUGGAGAGGCUCAUCGAAGCCGGGGAGCGCACAAUGAUGCAGCCCUGGCGCCGCCGCCCCCGUCGACAUGGAAAGGAGCCUGAGCUACGCUGACGCCUGACGACGAUCUGGAAAUGAGUUUGAGUUGCCGGCUGAAGAGAUGGAAACUUCUAUCCCCUGCUGUUCCUAUCUGCAUUUUAUUAGUCAUACUCUUGUGGAAAUUUAUCAAAUAAUCGAGACUGCUGUGAUAAUGAACUAGCCAUGCCCCUGCCUGCAAUGUUAGUACCUGGCAAUGAACGCGAAGACCCAUUCGAUGUCUAUGAUGUCAUGUCAUCUGACCCUGCAAGUGCGUG